AUGAAUCUUUACUUAGCAUUUUUGUUGCUACUCGCCCCUGUGUGGGCCAAGAGGUCGCUCUCCGCUACAUCGUUGGUCACAUGCAUGGAAAACUCACAGAUCUCCCCUUCAUACUUCAAUGUGACCUUCGAUCCCGAUAGUCGGGCUUUGAAAUACAACCUAGAUUUGACCACGGAAAUCUCGGGAAAUGUCACCGCCCACGUUCAGAUCUACGCCUACGGCUUCGUUAUAAUUGACAGAAAUAUCGACAUGUGUACUUUGGGCUGGAAACAGUUCUGUCCCCUUUACCCUGGCUCCCUCCAGAUUGAAUCUGUCGAGUACAUCUCGGCAUCGUACGUCAGACAGGUGCCUGGAAUUGCCUACACCGUGCCUGAUAUUGACGCAGUUGUGAAGGUGGAUGUCUAUGACAAGACUUCGGGUGAGAAAUUGUCGUGUCUUCAGUCCUCUUUCACCAAUGGUAAAACAGUGGCACAGACUGGAAUCAAGUGGGCUACUGCCGUGAUUGCAGGUUUGGGCUUGCUUAUGGCUGCCUUGUUGUCAACUUUUGGCAAUUCCAACGCUGCCGCACACAUCUCCACUAACUCUGUGUCGUUAUUCUUGUAUUUCCAGGCAGUGGUGGUUGUCUCCAUGCAGCAUGUGGAGAGAGUACCUCCUAUCGCAUCUUCAUGGGCAGAGAACUUGGCUUGGUCCAUGGGCUUGAUCGAGGUCAAGUUCAUGCAGAAGAUUUUCCGCUGGUAUGUUCAAAGUACUGGAGGAACGCCAACGUUGUUUUUCACGGGUACUACCAAGCAGAUCUUGGUCCAAAGAGCUAAGAGAUAUUUGCGUGAUUUGCACGAUUUCGUGCUCAAUGACCGUCGUAUCCUUCCUGGAAUCAAGCGUUCAUUAGACUACUCUUUGAGCUCAAAUGAAAACUUGAUUGUCCUUAGAGGAAUCAAAAGAAUCGGUUACAACUCCCACAUUGAGCCUACGUCGAUCGUGGUUACAGGAUUGACUUUCUUCGUCCUUUGUGGGUUCUUUUUGGUUGUGAUUAUCUACUUUGUCAAGCUGGCCACGGUUCUUUUGAUCAGAACAAAGAACAUGAAUCCUAACAGAUUGAGCCACUUCAGAAAGUCCUCUGCCAACAUCGUCAAGGGCUCUUUGUUGAGAUAUAUUUACAUCGGGUUUACCCAAGUGGUAAUUCUCUCGUUAUGGGAGUUCACCGUGCGUGAUUCGCCUGCUGUGAUUGUUAUUGCUGCAAUUGCUCUUAUUAUGACCGUAGGUGUCAUUGCCUACUCAUUCUGGAACACCCACAAAGUUGGAACUCGUUCUCGUGUCAAGUAUUCCAAUCCAGCUGCUUUGUUGUACGGAGACAACGCGGUCUUGCAGAAAUUUGGAUUUUGCUAUACUAUGUUUAAUGCCGAGAAGUACUGGUUUGGAAUGGUGUUGAUUUCCUAUGCUUUGCUAAAGGCCAUCUUCAUUGGCUUGUGUCAGGGCUCCGGAAAGACUUCGACCAUUGUUCUUUUCGUUCUCGACUUGGCCUACACAGUAUUCUUGUUUGUGAAGAAGCCCUACAUGGACAAAUCCAGCAAUAUUCUUAACUGCUCCGUCGCUGUGGUCAUUACUAUCAAUUCUUUUUUGUUUAUGUUCUUUUCGGAUGUCUUUGGACAACCUGCUUCGGUGGGUUCUAUUAUGGGAUGGGUUUUCUUCAUUUUGAAUGCUGCCUUCUCAUUCCUACUUUUGAUUAUGAUUAUUGUUUUGAUUUCUUUGGCUUUGGUCUCCAAGAACCCUGACGCUCGUUUCGCCCCUGCUAAGGAUGACAGAACUUCUUUCCAGAGAAAGUCUUCGCUUAAGCACAAGAGAUCAGAAAAGAAUUUGACCUCGGAAGCAAACACCCAAAAUGAAUUGUUUGCUUUGGGUGCAGCUGCACAAGAUCACCUGAUGAAUUGGGAGAGUGAGAUGUACAAGCUCAACGAUAUGGGUAGACAAACGGAGACCUCGUCCUCUUCGCAAGAUCGUCUGAAUCCACUUGAUGUUGACGAUGAGAAGUUCGAUUUCUACAAACACCCAGAUCCUAACGUCGAUGAAAGAUCUAUUGAAGACGCAGGUAAGAGCUUUGGAGAAAAGCUUAAGAGCAAAAUGAACAGAACGUUUUCCACGAAGUCAAAGGGCUCGCCCAAUGAAAAGGUGAUCACGAGAAUGAGUGACACUUUGAGUGACGACAACGUGGAUAGUCUUCCACUCUCUCCUGACAAGUCGCUUUUAAAUCACAAGCGAGACCACUCGGUUAUGUCGGAGUCUGCUUACUCCAAUUACUCCAACGUAAAUCCAACUGGAAGAAAGGAUUUUGUUUGA